AUGGCGGAGCUCCGGGUCAGAGACCUGGAUGACUCCGCCACGAAGGCAGAGAGCGCUGUGGCGAUUAGCGACGCGGGGGAAUGUGCUGAGGAGCAGGUCAAGGUCGGUGCCGUCAGGGGGUCUUACGACGGGCUGAGCACCUCCUGGGUCCGGUGCCCGGUGGGCGCGGCCAACAAGGUUGCCGCGGCGGCCCGCAUUACGAUCGGCUGGGCGAUCUGCCGCGUACAGCUGCUGGCGGCGCGGCCCCUUCAAUGCUUUAAGUGCAUGAAGAGGGGGCACGUGGGGUCGCGCUGCCCCAACGGGGGAGUCGGUCGUACCGAACUAUGUUACCGGUGCGGUCGGCCCGGACAUAGGGCGGCGGCAUGCAAGGAGCGCGUGAGGUGCCCGACCGCGGGCAGAAGGCGGACCACCGGGUGGGCGGACCGGCUUGUAGGGCCCCCCCAACCAGGGGCAAAAGUAGAGGAAGAAGAGAACAGAGGGGCGGAUCACAAGGGUCCCCGGCCGCAGCACCGGCGGCUGGGACUGCCCUUGAUCCGUCCGCAGCGGGCGUGA